CUCGAAUAAUGGACCCCUUUCAGGGACCCUUCUAGCCACUGAGUAACAUGCCCUUGAUGUGAGGUUUGAUGUUUAGCUUCACUGUCAGCUUCAGCGGUAUUCGAGAGAUCUACCUCACGAGCAUAUGCUGUUAUCACGCCCUUGAACCCGAGUGCCUUUAGGUCGCGAACCGUGUUCUUGAUCUCAGCCUCCGUGCUUCCCGCACAGAACUGGGCGUAGAAGAUUUUAUCCAGGAGGAAUCUCAGCGGGAAAUUGCUCGUCAGAAUUUGAAUAUUCCGUUGAGCCAAAGCUGAUGCAGCGCCCAUUACAUACGGCUGCGACAUGGCGGCCUGCAUGACGAUACCCCUCAGCAGGGCAGCCGUUGGCAAUCUUUCUAGGGCACGACGACGCCUUGGGUCAUCGUUCAGUGGGGACGGUGGUGGUCCGUCCCACGUUGCGCUUGUUAGAGUCCGUCGUGGCCCGGAGGCAGGCAGGUGCAUUGAUUGGGAGAGCUGGAGGGGGAUUAAACGUGGAAAACUAUUCUUGAUAGUGGUGAUACGGCAAGGAGAGCGGAGAUGAAGGGCCAUGUCACGACAGCGGGAAAGUUUGAUAACUCUGGGGGAAUAAGCUGUGGGAGAGUUGGACGCUGAGCCAAAAAAUGGGUGAACAGUGGGAAGGCCAUUGUGGCCAUAUAUGAAAUAUAUAGUCGGGGUUGAUAGUGGUGAUUCGUGGGAUAACAACCAGUCGGGACUCCGUGUUUUCCCGUGCCUCUUUUUUGAUUUUUCUUUUCCUAUUUUAUUUUUCUUUGACACAUACAAAUUCAACAAGCGUUAUCUUGUCCCGGAUUGACUCGUUUGGAAGCGGAAUUGCCCUUACCCAGCAUUGACUAAACGAGCCUCUCCGGGCAUAUCCUUUGAAUUCCGGGUGGAGUCAUGUGACGUCCCUCUCCGCUGAUAUUCCGUGGACACAACCUUGGCAGAACCGCGAAUUGUGCGAAUGGUUAUGGCGAAUACUAUGCUGGGUUAGUUAUAUAGAAAAUGUGGGGUUGCGAUCAAUUCGGAGACCUUGUCACCGUGCUCUGUAUCACAGGAUAGAUGGUAUGUGAAUUCUGUUUCCCUGGCCCCUUGGUUCUAGACUGUAUCCAGUGAUUCCAUCAUCCUUUGCCUCAAGUUCCAGCAGUACAGUGACAGCGCCGAUGGGGGUGCCUGGGGGCCGGGAUCCCGCUAUCGCCAGCUAAGCAACUCCAAGAUGUCCCUUAGUGUGAGGGGAAGCUCAGUUAACCCUGCACCAGCAGCUGCCAUCCGCCCUAUAGGAGAAUUCUCUAGUAACAUUAUCUUUGUAGUUCAUCAACUUGGCCACUCCUUGGUAUAACUAUUAUUCCUUUGUAACGGCAGCUCGGUUAUUUUGAUUCAAUGACAAGGUUAUUUACAUAGAAUAUAUAAUAUCAUACUUCCCACCUCCCUUUGCUUUAUUUCUCAUUUCCCUAUCUUCAUUUCUCACCAUUCAACCUGUACUCUCCUCUUCAUUCCCCGAUCUUUCUUUGAGCCAAUACACAGACAUAAUGCAUAGACUGCCAACCCUCUCCUCCAUUUCGGCGAAGCAGACCAUCCCCAUCGCUUCUACCACACGGUUGGCUCGUAGUUUUGGCGGUUUCGCAGGUUUCAAAGUUCCCAGGGCUCGGAAUGAGCCAAAUCCAGACUAUGGCAAGAAUUCCCCAGAGCGGUUGGGCCUGGAAAAUGCUCUGAAGUCUAUGAAGCAAAAACUCCCGCUCGAGGUCCCAGCUGUGAUCGCGGGUAAAAAUAUUAAACCAUCCAAACCAUCUCGACAACCAAACCCGUCUGCGCAUGCUGAAGCGGUGGCUGAAUAUUAUAAUGUUUCAGAAGAGAAUGUUACCCAAGCGAUCGAGGCUGCGCUGAAAAACAAGCCAGAAUGGGAACGGCUCAGUUUUGCAGACAGAGCUUCUGUUUUCCUCAAGGCCGCCGAUCUUGUAGCUGGCAAAUACCGCUACGAUAUCAUGGCUGCCACCAUGCUUGGUCAAGGCAAGAAUGCCUGGCAGGCUGAGAUAGAUGCUGCUGCAGAGCUGGCAGAUUUCUUACGUUUCAACGUGCAGUAUGCUGAGGAACUCUAUGCCCAACAACCCCAGCACCAUGCAAACGGUGUCUGGAAUCGUGUAGAAUACCGCCCCUUGGAAGGCUUUGUCUAUGCUCUAUCCCCUUUUAACUUUACAGCCAUUGGCGGCAACCUGUGUGGCGCGCCUGCACUCCUUGGCAAUGUUAUUGUAUGGAAGCCAUCGCCGUCAUCAAUGGCUGCGAGCUAUCUCAUGUACCAAAUCUUCCUCGAGGCAGGCCUUCCCCCUAACGUCAUUCAGUUCGUGCCAGGAGAUGCUGAGAUGGUUACCAAGGUUGCACUAGGCCAUAAGGAAUUCGCUGCUCUCCACUUCACCGGCAGCACAACCGUUUUCCGCUCGUUGUACGGAAAGAUUGCACAGGGAAUCGCAAAUGGCAUCUACCGAAGCUAUCCUCGCGCUGUUGGCGAAACCGGUGGCAAGAAUUUCCAUCUAAUCCACCCUUCCGCGGAUAUUAAAAAUGCUGCGAUCCACACAGUCCGUGGUGCGUUUGAAUACCAGGGUCAGAAGUGCAGCGCAACCUCUCGUGCAUAUGUUCCUCAAUCCCGCUGGCAAGAGUUCAAAUCUGUGCUUGUGAGUGAAACUACAGGUCUCAAGUCUGGUCCACCAGAAGAUUUUGGGAACUUCAUGGGACCUGUUAUCCAUGAAGCAUCUUUCAAGAAGCUUGCUGGAGUCAUCGAUGCUGCGAAUAACGAUUCUGGCCUUGAGUUGAUUGUGGGCGGGAAAUACGAUGGCAGCAAGGGGUAUUUCAUCCAGCCUACAAUCUAUGUCACCAAGGAUCCUCACCACAAACUUAUGUCUACCGAGCUUUUCGGGCCGGUCCUUGCUGUUUACGUUUACGACGAUACUAAAGCUGAGGCAUUUGAGAAAAUCUGCCAGACCAUCAAUGGUACCUCGGAGUACGGACUCACUGGAUCAAUCUUUGCUGUGAGAAGGGAUGUUAUCCGGUACGCCGAAGAAGCACUCAGGAACACGGCCGGAAACUUCUACAUUAAUUGCAAAUCGACUGGUGCUGUGGUUGGGCAACAGCCAUUCGGUGGUGCCCGCCAGAGCGGAACCAACGACAAGGCCGGGAGUGCAGCCAUCCUGAGCAGGUUUGUCAGCAUGCGUUCGAUCAAAGAGGAAUUCUCGCCACUUUCUCAAACCAUAUACCCUAGCAACGAGGUUUAAAAGUGCUUCACGCUUAAUAUUUCCCUCAAAUGAUUGAUGUUUCGCAUGAAGUAUUGCGAACUCACCAGCAAGACUGGGGACGACACGCGACGGAGAGUGUCCCCGAGUAAUGUCUACAUAGAACCCUGAACGCCAAGUCGCCGUCGUCGGUCGAGAAUGGUUGGAAAGGGCUUGGAAGUAGCGGGGGAAGCAGAUGCGCAGGGCAUCUAAAGUUUUUUGGUGCGAAGAUUUGGUUCUUAGUACAUGUACGUACAUGUACAUAGAUAUUCUGUAAUAGUUCGGGAUUAACACAUAGAAAGCUAGAUAGAUAGCUCAUCAGACUCUUCAAAAAUAAUAUUUGUCACUUGUUCAAACCAUGUGGUCUAUAUCCUUGUACAGCGUAGUUAUGCCAAUCUCGAUGCUGAGAUAGGAGGCAGCAAGGUGAUUUGAAAAAGGGAAACAAAAAAAUGGAAAAGAGAAGGAAAGGGGCCAAAAGAGAUGGUGACGAGAGA